GUACAAAGUACAUUGCGCGCCAGACCACUGCGACCAGCCAACCCAGGAAACGGCAAGCAGCUCCUGCCGACGAGAGUUGCCUAACCGCGAGCACACGCAAACCAGACACUCUCGCACACAAAACACCACACCACACCAGACACAACACCUCACAGCUAUCACCUGACCCGUCCUAUGACCCACCUGGAUGACCUGAAAUGACCGAUGAACAACUCCUACGACACACAAGGGCUCCUCCUCAUCCUCAUGACUUAGCUUCUGACAUGUGUUAACGAUCAAUCAUCUCGGUUCCCUCAACCUGCAUUUCUUCUCUCUCUGUCUCUCUCUCCUCUCUCUCUCUCUAUCUGCCUCGUUCCACCUUUGGGCACCCAGACUAUAGACAGCAACAAUACCACGAUACCUAGACAGAUACCCAGUCCAAUAACACCCCACCCACCCCUCCAAGGCUCGACUUGUCCCACCUCAGAAGGGCAUCGCCCCCGUCGUCCCUACCGACUACCUUAGGAGCUAUUAGCUCAGAGCCCAUCUGCACGCGCGUACCUGUUUCCGGCCGGGUGACUUGGGCGCUAGGUUCGUGUGCCAUCGCGCCUCGUGUCCCAUCGUUGCCGCUCGUCCUGAUGUUCCUCUCUCUCCUCGUGGCCUCGGCCCGUCUGGUCAGUGCCAACAGCUGUGGUCCAGGCUAACAACGAACCCGCAGGCCUCUCUCUCUCCAUUCGAGGAUUUUUCUCAGUCCCGUCCGUCUUCGGCUGUGUGAUCCUUGAUCGAAAUAUCGGCAAAAGCCCGCAAUCCACCCGUGGCCGACUCGGCCGUGACCUGUCACCUUUUAGCCGCCCAGCCGUCCUCAAUCUUGAUAUUCAACCAUCGACUUGACUUACCUCUUCCGUCCCACGCGUCGCAUCCGUCCCAUACGCCGGCCCACGCCGGCUGUCCACUCUAUUGGCCCUGUGGCCCUGUGGCCCUGCCUUUCCCUGCCCUGCGACCCGCAGCAUUCUCGACACACAUCCGCCGUACCGUACCGUACCUGCGUUCGUGACGCCCAUGCCCGAGGCGCGCCCACAUGCGGAACAGGACGAGCUGAGCUGCCUGCCUGCCUGCUGCCUGCCUGCCUGCCCGCCUGCCUGCCUGCCUGCCUGACUGACUGACUGACCGAUCGACUGAAGUCUUCCCGAGUAUCCAUCCCUCUCGGCACCUGACGAAACCGCGCUGCAGCCGACAGCCAUAGUGUGCCCCAUCACACAGCGCAAGCCUCGGUACCCAACGGUGAGGGACAUGGACUCGCAGCAGACUCCCCUCUGCUCCCAACCGGCUUCCGCCUCGCCAACCCUUGCUACUGCAGGAACGGUGCUGCCACACGACGAUACACAGUCCACACAGCUGGCCCGCCAGGCAAGCCACCUCACCCUAUCCACACACCUGCCAUGGCCCACGACCCAGCCCGACGCCCUCUCACCGGUCACCACCACGCCUGCCGAGCCCCCAGAUCCCGCCCCCAAACGCACGAGGGCCUGCUCCGCCUGCUGUGCUGCCAGCGACCACACUUCCCCGCCGCCACAGCGCCCGCGGCAACCUUCCGCGCCCAUCGGACCACCCGUGCCUCCUCUGCCUGCCACCAGCACUCCUCCCUCCUCGACAGCAUCUACCCCUGCCACGGCCGCCGCUGCCCAACCGGCUCCACUGAUAUCACCACCACGACCCCCUUGCGGGCACUCGGGCGAGAGGGGUGACGGUCAAGAACCGGACGUUAGAGGACGAGGAGGAGAAGAAGGAGGAGGAGGAGGUGGUGGUGAUGCUGCGUACCCACAGGCUAUGGACUGGCACCCGCCCGCGCUCGCCGAUGGUGAUGCGCCCUGGGAGGCGGGCUGUACCCUGAUCCCCGGCUCGAAAUACCAGGGCGGUCCCCUCCUGUGUCCUCCUGGGCGUGACGCCAGGGUGGUGACGCUGGCCGAUCUUCCGAACGAGGUCCUGCUACACGUCUUGAGCUUCCUGGAUGUUUCUGAUCUGCUGGCCACCUCGAGGACAUCCCACCAGUUCCGCUCGCUGGCCCUGGCCCCGAUCGUCCACCGCCUCCGCCUCCGGCAGGCGCGCACGGCGCUCCCGCCACUGCUGACGAGCCCGUCGCGCCCGACGCUGACGGAGCUGAUCCGGCGCUCCAUCUUCCUGACCAACACGACGGUGGUGUCGCGGCGGCUCGCGCGCUCGCUGACGGCGAUCCGGCUGUCGCGGCGGCUGGCGGCGCGCCCGGCGCCCGAGGCGCUGGUCGCGCGGGCGGUGCUGCCGCCGGAGUGCGUGCCCUUCGGCGGGUCCUCAGCCGUGGCGCCGGCGCUGGUGGCCAAGCGGCGGGCCGUCGAGCGCGAGCAGGUGCGCGACGGCAUGCGGCGGUGGGUCGGCGGGGUGUGGGAGCGGCGGUGGCGCGAGAAGGCCGAGGACCGGCGGCGGUGGCAGGAGCGGAGCGGCGUCGGCCGCGUGUGGCGGCUGCGGCGGUUCUGGGAGCGGGUGGGACGGGGCGAGGUCGAGGCCGGCUGAGAAGCCCGUUGUGCUGCCUAUUUGACGGCGGUAAGGCGAGGGAGGAGGACGAGGGCAAGUAAGUCAGUCAAGUGUGGAGUAAGUAUGGGCUGGGUGGGGAUGAUCCGUGAUGAGAUAAGGUGAGAUGAUAUGAUAUGACAUGAUGAUGGAUGAGCUGGUUUCAACAUGGCGCUCUGGCAUGGGUGGCGUUUCUUCUCUUCUCUCCUGUUUUCUGUUGGCAUCAUACGCGUGCCUUGGGCGAGCGACAGGCUUUCAAUCACACGGGUAGACAGAACUACUACUGCUGGACGGUGUUUUUGGCUCAUGUCAGUGUCAGUUGCAUGCGAUGAUGGAAUAGUGCGAAGCAUCAGCCGGCCGGCCGGGUGUCAUUACCUUUGUCCAACCAGAACUGAUCUGGGAAAGGGGGCAGGGAAGCCGCGGUGUUUUGUUUCGAGGCUUCCCAGGCCUGGCUCGCCUCGUCCCACGGGGUUGGCGAGCAAUGAAAUGGCAGGUCAAGUCAGGCCAAGUCAGGCCAACUACGCAGCAUAUGGGGCCGGCGCAUAGGAUAUGUUUGUCUGUUGUACAGUACAGUAGCAUGUGUGUGUGUAUGAUUCGAAGAAACACGUUCAAACAGCAGUAUGUUCCUUUGACCCUCCAGCGCCGAUGUUGGUUGACGACGGACGGCCCUUUUCCUCGACCUAAAUGAAAUGGAUAUGCUAUCCUCUUGAGCCUCCCUGCCGUCGCCAGACCAUAUGCAUGCAAUGCUUUUCCCCCCUUACGAACAAACAGACAAUGGCCACGCCAAACCCACCCCUCACGCUUUGAACCUGAAUCCCGCCCAGUCAUCGUCCUCUUCGCCAUCCUCGUCCUCGUCCUCCUCGUCCUCGUCCUCCUCAUCCCCCGCCCGUCCGGCCCCAACCCCAGAUGUGCCCGCAGGCAUACCCGCGCCCUCACCACCACCAGUGCCCACCGCCUGUACGCCAGCAGCAGCAGCAGCAGCAGCAGCAGGCACGCUCCCCCGCCGGAUAGCCUCCCUCUUCUCCUUGAGCCGCCGCACGCGGGCCUCGAGCUCCUCCAUCUCCUCGAACUCGUCCUCCAGCGCGCGCGCGGCCUCCUCCUUGUCGUCCUUGACGCGGGCCUC